AUGUCUGAAUCUCGUGCAGUCAUUGCUGCCCGCGCCGCGUUGGCCAGCGUCGACCUCUCAACUUAUGACCCCGAGCAGUCAAGGCUGAUGGACGAGCGCUGUAUCCUCGUCGAUGAACAAGACAAUGCAAUUGGUGCGAUGGACAAGAAAACAUGCCAUCUGAUGGAGAACAUCAACAAGGGACUGCUGCACAGAGCAUUCUCUGCUUUUGUCUUCCGGCCGUCGGACGGGAAGUUGCUAUUGCAGCAGCGCGCCACCGAGAAGAUCACAUUUCCUGAUAUGUGGACGAACACAUGUUGCUCUCAUCCCCUGGACGAUUUCGAAGCGGAGAAGGUAGAGAAGGAUCAGCUCGGUGUCAGAGUAGCUGCUUCACGGAAAUUGGAACACGAGCUGGGCAUUCCACCGUCGCAAACCCCGAUUGAUAUGUUCCAAUAUUUGACCCGAAUCCACUACCUCGCUCCUUCGAAUGGCCUUUGGGGAGAACAUGAAGUUGAUUAUAUCCUGUUCAUAACUGCCGAUGUUACUGUCACCCCGAACCUAAAUGAAAUCCGGGAUCACAAAUACGUCGACAAGGCGGAACUGCAAGCAAUGUUUGAAGACCCCGCAAACUCGUUUACUCCUUGGUUCAAGCUCAUCGCGCGAGACUUCUUGUUCGGAUGGUGGGAUGAGCUGAUGAAACGCAAACAGGAUGGCAAGGUAAACGCUAAAAGCCUUAGUGGCCUCGUUGAUGGUAGCAAGGUCGUUGCGAUGGUGUAG